AUUAUUAUCCUGAUAGUGCAUAGACUACUCAUAUCGUGUCAACUUGCUUUGGCUGAACAGUCACUAUUGCACUAAGAGAUUAUAUUAUCUCUCUCGCAGAGAAGCACAAGCGAAGAGAUACACACGUGGGAUACCCCUACCACUGUGUUAUAUUAAUAACGUAAUUGCUGGCGAUCGUCGACUAGGCACUCGAACAGUCGGCUACACACCGAAGUAACAGAUAGAUGCACUGAUUAACUGACUGCCAGUUCGUCGGUGAAGGCCUGUGGCGACGAUCGAUCGUUACUUGCAUCCACUUGAACUAGACUUACUUCGACAUACCCGCGAAAUGCCGAAGAUACAUUCGUCUGUCGUUCUCCUCUUGAUCGUGGUGUUCUCUACAUGCUGUUUGGCUGCCAAUCGAACUGUGUUCGUGAAUAGUGAUAAAACGAAACUCAAAGUGCUUGCUGUCUUCGGACAUCUUGCCAAGAGUCACUUCGACGUGUUCAAGCCGCUUCUGGAGGAAUUAGCUCGGAGAGGCCACGAGCUCACAGUGAUCUCCUUUUUUCCCAGAACCGACAGUGCCAAGGCGAAGGAGCCACUUCCCAAUUAUAAGGAUAUCAAUUUGGUAGAUCCCAAGAUCGGCAUUUUCAUGAACGUGAUUGAUCUCCAUAAGCUCAAACAAACGUGGUUCCGCCCUAUGCAGGACUUUCACAGGCUCAAGUUCUUCGCAGAUCGUGCAUGUAAUAUCGGUCUGCGGAAUGCGGCCGUUAAAGAAUUCCUUCAAUCUGACGAAAAGUUCGACGUGAUCCUCACAGAGAACUUCAACACCGAUUGUUAUCUGGGCUUUAUUCAUCGAUUUAAAGCACCCUAUUUGGCCUUCUCGUCGCAUCAAAUUAUGCCGUGGACCAACAACGACAUGGGUAACGCGGACGAUCCUAGCUACAUCCCGGUGUUAUUCCUCGGCCUAACUAGACCUUUAAAUUUCUUCAGUCGAAUGCAAAAUGCACUGUGGCAGCCAUUGUAUAAAAUCGUUUACGAGUAUUGGUUUCGACCUGACGAUCAACUCAUCGCCAACGAAAUCUUCGGUCCGGAUCUUCCCAAGCUGAAAGAAAUCGCCCAGCAGUCGCAGGCGUUGCUGGUCAACACCCACAGUAGCAUUCACGGCAGCAGACCUCAACUACCGAAUGUAGUGGAAAUCGGUGGGAUUCAUAUUCCGCCCAAGAUCAACCCGCUGCCGAGGGACAUAGCCAAGUUCCUCGAUGACGCUCAUGAAGGAGUACUGUAUUUCAAUUUUGGUUCCAUGAUCAGGAUGUCUACGAUGCCGCGAGAGAAGCUGGACGCGAUAUUAAAGACGAUUGGCUCAAUACCACGGAAAGCGAUCUUAAAGUGGGAGACUCACGAACUACCAUACAAGCUGGACAACGUUAUGGUUAAGAAAUGGCUGCCCCAGUUUGAUGUGAUCAAUCACCCGAAUGUCAAGUGUUACCUGGGUCACGGCGGACUUCUCGGUUUGUCGGAGAGUGUCUACGUGGGUCUACCGAUGGUCUUGGUGCCGAUGUUCGGCGAUCAGUUCCACAAUGCGGCUGGCGUGCAAACCAGAGGUGCCGCGGUGGUGAUUGAGUACAAUAACUUAAAUGAGCAGUCAUUCCGACACGCUCUGGAUCAAGUUUUCAACGAUAGCAGUUACCGUGAGAACGCCCAGAGGCUUUCGAAAGCUUAUCGUGAUCGACCUGCCACGCCGCUGGAGACGGCGGUAUGGUGGACGGAAUACGUCGCCCGGGGCAAUGGCAGAUUUUACUUCCGCAGCGAGGGCGCAGAUCUACCCUGGUACCAGAGUCUUCUCAUCGACGUCGUGCUUGUUUUCAUUAUCGUCUCCGCGGCGCUCAUCUACAUCGCCUUCCGGUUGAUCAAGCUGCUGCUGUCGCUGCUCGGCGUCGUCAAAGGAACGCCCGGGAGCCAGGCCGGGGAGAAGAGCAAGUGGAAGAAGAGGGACUGAAGGCAGACGGCGGCAGCGUCGCGUUGGAAAAAAAGCGAUUCCGAAGAGUGAAAGAUAGCGGAGAACGCGGUCCCUCGCGUGAACGUCGAUGGUCGGAUUACGAGUGAAUUUUGAGCGACGGGGAUGAUCGGCCAUCGAACGGAAAUAAAUCGGCCAACGCGAAAAAUCUAGUUGCUAGAAGAAUAAAAUAUUUUUUUUAUGGGAAGAGACUCUUGUGAUCGUUUUAUCAUUAAAUCCCUCCCUACUUCUUCGGCGACGCUCGACUCGAAUAUCGCGGGUCGCGAGUAGAUUUUUAUGCUUUUGUCGAUAUUUCCACGUAAAGUCGGUCGGGAAGUACGUUCGCCAGUCCGCGUAUGUCGGCUGGGUUUAGCUUAAUUGUUAUCGGCGAUUUCUUCCCCGGGAGGUGCGGAACCUUAAAACUGGCGCGGGGCAAAGUCGUUUAAUCCCUGGAUAGUUCGCAGUAUUUUAUAGUAUCCAAGUAUAACCGUUAACUGGAACUCGUCCGAACAACGCGCAGGUGGUGUAAAACUUAUAGUUUGCUAGUUUCCGUUUUUUUUUACUUCCUCUCGUUUUACGAAAAAGAAACGGCGAAACUAUUCUUCAUGUUCUGUCGACUUGCGUCGCAUAAAGCGUUCGUUCCUUUGUUCCUUCAUUCUUGCCUGCAGUCGAAGUUGAAGUUCAUUACUUUUAUCGUGGUGUGCAACGCCCCAAGGAAAGUUGAUGCCUUAUAUCAAAUUACAGUCUAUUACGAAAUAUACAGAACACGUUCUUUAUGAAAUAUAUAAUUUUCAUAUUUUAUGAACAUUUUAAUAAAAGUUCGUUUGGCGGAAUUAAUAAAUAACAGUGCGUGAGCUACAUUUAUUUAACAGAUAUUGUCUCGAAGACGAUUGCUUCUUUUAAUUAAAGUUAUAUAGAGACGAUGCGGGAAGCUUCUAAAUAUUUGCAAACUCCUUUACUUCAAACGGAGAAGGAGAUGUAAAGAGGUUUCUAUGAUUAAAUUAUAAUUUAUCUUUU